AUAAAAUACACACUUCCUCCUCAUGUUAACCUACACACACUAAAAAAAACACAACCAUUACAUUCCAAGUUCACCUAUAGCACCUAGUUAGAAAAUGGCCUCCCUCACGAAAGCAAUGUGCGUGGUGUUCAUCGCCGCCGUGUUGGUGGCGGCGGUUGCUCCGGCAGCUGAGGCGGCAGUAGGGUGUGGCACGGUGAUCUCAUAUUUGGCUCCAUGCCUUCCCUAUGUGAGUAACCGAGGUCCGUUGGGGAAUUGCUGCGGUGGUGUUCAGGGGCUUUACGGGGCGGCUAGGUCCACCGCAGACCGCCAGGCCAUAUGCGUUUGCCUGAAAUCUCUCAUCGGAUCUUACUCCGGCAUCAACACCGGCAAGGCAGCUGGACUCCCUAAGCAAUGUGGUCUCAACAUUCCCUACAAGAUUAGCCCUUCCACCAACUGCGCUACGGUGAGGUGAACUUAGUUCGUUCCGAGGAAAGUAUGUAGUGAGCUUUUACGGAGGCUACGUUUGUUUCGUAUUAUUUAUAAUUACAAUAAUAAUGUAUGAGUUAAUUAAAUAAAAAGAGUUGCGAUAUAUGUGGGACGCUGUGGAUUGGUUUUACUUUUACUUUUAACAUUAAUCCAAGUUUUCCUUGCUAUCAUUGUAAUUUUCUAGUCAAUUAAAAUCUGUCACUGUCAAUGUAUCUGUAAUGAAAUUAAUUUCCAGAUUAAUUUAUUAAGUGUGUUUAGAUUAA